AUGAACUUCACAACGGCAUCCUCCAUGCUCCGCCACCGUAUCUCAUCUGCCCUGAGAACCCGCGGCGGCGCAUCAGCUGGUCCCAGCAGAUGGACAUCGCCGGGACACGAGGAACGACCCAAAGGUUAUUUAUUCAAUCGUACUCCACCACCGCCUGGACAGUCUCGUAAAUGGGAAGAUUGGGAGUUGCCUUGCUACAUCACUAGCUUCUUCACGAUUGUGAUCCUUGGUGUUGGUCUCAAUGCUAAGCCUGAUCUCACCAUUGAAACUUGGGCUCAUCAGAAAGCACUUGAACGACUCGAGAUAGAGAAGUUGGACCUCUCUGGUUCUGCUGAUUCUGACUGA